UGACCUUAAUGUAGAGGCAGCAGAAGAGUUUAGAAUGAGAAAGAAGAUAUCGUCUGCACAAGUGAAAAUUUGUAAACAAUUGAUAAUUGAAUUUUUAUGCCAACAGUUAUUUUAAAAAGAUAGAUUAAAAUAUGCAAAAAUAUGAAAAACUUGAAAAAAUAGGCGAAGGUACAUAUGGUACAGUUUUCAAAGCCAAAAAUCGGGAAACUCACGAAAUUGUAGCAUUAAAACGAGUCAGACUGGAUGAUGAUGAUGAAGGUGUUCCAUCUUCUGCUCUUAGAGAAAUUUGUUUACUUAAAGAAUUAAAACAUAAGAACAUAGUUCGUUUGUAUGAUGUUCUUCACAACGAUAAAAAGUUAACUUUAGUAUUUGAACAUUGUGACCAAGAUUUAAAAAAAUAUUUUGACAGUCUGAAUGGUGAAAUUGAUUUAGAUGUGGUGAAAUCAUUUCUAUAUCAAUUAUUAAGAGGCUUAGCAUUUUGUCACAGCAGAAAUGUCCUACAUAGGGAUCUAAAACCUCAAAAUUUGCUCAUUAAUAAAAAUGGAGAGCUAAAGCUUGCUGAUUUUGGAUUAGCGAGAGCUUUUGGAAUCCCAGUUAAAUGUUAUUCUGCAGAAGUUGUGACUUUAUGGUAUCGACCACCUGAUGUUUUGUUCGGAGCUAAGCUUUACACAACUUCCAUUGAUAUGUGGAGUGCUGGUUGUAUAUUUGCAGAAUUAGCGAAUGCUGGGAGACCACUGUUUCCAGGAUCAGAUGUCGACGAUCAAUUAAAACGAAUAUUUAAGAUGUUAGGUACGCCCACAGAUGAAACGUGGUCAGAUCUUACGACUCUUCCUGACUAUAAACCAUUUCCUCAGUAUCAUCCGACUCAAGGAUUACCUCAAGUUACUCCUAAAUUGACAGCUAGAGGGAAAGAUUUGCUACAGAGGUUACUAGUAUGCAAUCCAGUACUUCGGAUUUCAGCAGAAGAAGCCAUGCUACACUCUUAUUUUAAUGACUUAAGUCCUACAAUUAAGAAUGAUAGAUACUAAUAUUUGCAAUAAUAAAAAUUCAGUAUUAUUUCUUGGUAAGAAUUUUGUAUUAAAUAAAAACAUAUUUUUUGUUCUGUUUGUUUAUCAAUAUAAUAAAAUCUUAAUAAAUAUAUUAGAAUCCAA